AAUCACGUCUCAUACUCUCAUAGUAGCCAGCCAUUAUCAUCAUUGAUAUCGGUGCUACGAAGUCGGCGAAAUCUUUUUCGCUGUUUUUCCCAGUGUUGUUCGGCAGGCGGCUCGCUUGGCCGACGGUGCAGUGUAGUGCCUACGGCCGAGGACUAGGCUCGCGGACAAGAGACGAGUUUGUCGGCACCCGUUAGAGCGGCAAAAGUGCGCGGUCCGCACCAUUCGCCGACUGUGCCGAGUGCUGGUUAAGUGCAGACACACCGUCUUUCCUCUCGAGGCCCCGACCGACGAUUCCUGGGCACCCGGCGAAUGUCCAUUCAGCGGAUGAAAGGCCAAGGCAGUCAAGCGACUAACGGCCCCAAGGAGCACGUGAACGACCACGAGGACUUUGAAUCAUGGCGUACCCAGCCGCAUCACCCGCAGCAGCAAGGCUACAGCACGCCGAUUUCGACGUCGAUGGGCACCUCGGACCCGUACUACUACAGCACUACGUCCUUCCCCUACCAGACCUUUGGAGUCAACGACGGCACUUGGUCCAACGGCGGCGACCAGAUGACCUUCCUCGGCGGCUACGGUGGACAAAUGGCUGCAGCCGCCGCCCACGAGCCGUACAGCAUCGACGGGAUGUUCGGCACUGGAGGAUUCGGCACGUUCAACCAACAAGCAGCGGGCGCGUUUAACUACUUUCCGGGCAGUGGAGCGACCGAUUACUCGACAUGGGGCGGAGGGGCUGGCGGCGCCGGCUUGGGACGCAAUAAGCACUACGAGGACUACUACCGUGCCGCCUCCGACGCCUCUGGCGGCGGCUACAUUCCCCAGCAGCAGGCGCAGCAGCAGGGCGAUGACAGGGUCAAGGCUGUUGAGCAGGGCAUGCAGGGUCUCGGCCUCUCUGACAAGGACAAGGACAAAGACCUCAAGGACGGGCAGCCCCUCCCGGGCGGCACAAACAAGAAGCUGACGUGGGCCUCGGUGGCGAGCACGCCCGCUAAGCCGACGCCGCAGGUAAAAAAGAAGGCCGGGGGUCUGCUGCCGCCGCCGAUGCUUCAGACCAAGCACAACAUGGACAUCGGCACGUGGGAGGCGAAGAACGGCGGCGCGUCCCUCAAGCCCGUGGCCCCGCCGUCAGCGCAGCCCAGGGCCUCGUGGGCCACGCAGCCAGUCAACAUGCGCGGCCGGGCGCCCCAGCUGGGGCCCCCGCAGCAACAGCAGUACCCCCCUGUCGCCCCGGGCAUGACCGUCGCACCACCUGUUCUCCACCACCCCAUGCACCCACCUCAACCUGAUUUUUGUUCUAUGGCUCAGCCGCCGCCACCGUUGCCUCAACUGCAAAGCCAAAUCCCAUCCCCUCUGGCUCCGUCAGUUCCCGCACCUUCGCAUCCCAUCCUAGACGAGCUGAGGGAAAAGAACAAUUACAACCCCACCGACUACGACCUCUCGGCAAAAGGCGCCAGGUUUUUUGUCAUCAAGUCGUAUUCGGAGGAUGAUAUUCACAGGUCGAUAAAAUACGAAAUUUGGUGCAGCACGGAGCACGGCAACAAGCGGCUGGACGCAGCGUACCGGGAGCGCGAGGCAGCCAAGGGCAGCGUGCUGCUCUUCUUCUCUGUGAACGGUUCGGGUCACUUCUGUGGCAUGGCGUUGAUGACCUCGCCGGUGGACUAUCACGCGUCAUCUAGUGUGUGGUCGCAGGACAAGUGGAAGGGCCAGUUCAGGGUGCGCUGGGUGUACGUCAAGGACGUGCCAAACGUGCAGCUGCGCCACAUCAGGCUCGAGAACAACGAAGGCAAGCCGGUGACCAACUCGCGCGACACGCAGGAAGUGCCCUUCGAGAAGGGACGCCAGGUGCUCAAGAUCAUGCACCAGUACCGCCACUCCACCUCCAUCUUCGACGACUUUUCGCACUACGAGAAACGGCAGGAGGAGGAGGACUUCCGCAAGAACCAGCAGCAACACCAACCGCAGCCGCCGUCAAAGGAGCGAGGUGACGGUGGCGGGCGUGGGCGCGGUCGUGGCGGCCCUUCCAGGAACUGAGAAAAAGAGGAAAAAAUAGCAUCAGCCAAUUUUCUGCCAUUAUCCUUGAACCCUUUUGCAUAACACACAUACGGACACAUACACA